AUGGCCCACCCUGCAGCCCUUUAUAUAACCAUAACCCGCCGGCAACCUUUCUCACCAAUCUCUCUCCUCGCCGGAAAACUAUCAAUGGCCGACCUCGACAUGGAAAGCUCUGGCGAUUCGCCAGUCCUCAAGCUUUUCGGAGCCGUCAUCGUAGGCGCAGAAGAUGAGAGCCGCCUUCAUAAGAGCUCAUCAGCUUCGGCUGCGGCGGCGGAGGAGGAUACGGCAGAAGCGGCGGCGGAGACGCUGCCGUGUCCACGUUGUAAGAGCCGGGAGACCAAGUUCUGCUAUUUCAACAACUACAACGUCAACCAGCCUAGACACUUCUGCAAGGCUUGUCACCGUUACUGGACGGCCGGCGGCGUGCUCCGUAACGUCCCCGUCGGCGCAGGCCGCCGGCGAAACCCCCUCUCACCGCGCAGAAAAAUUAUUAGUUGA